AUGACAAAUCAAGAUAAUAUAAAACUAUUUCAUAAUCAGAUCAAUAGAUUAUCACCAUUAUUUAUUAAAUGUGAACCCAAAGAUGAAAAUAUAAGGAAUAUCGAAAACUAUAAUAUAGUGUUACAAGUUAUAGAAUGCUUUAUAUCAACUAAAAAAUACAUUCAGGUAGGGGAUUUAAAUGUUAUAACUGUAACCGAUUCAAAAUAUUUAUAUAAACUUUAUAGUGAAAAAAGUAUGGAGGAAGGUUUAAUAAUCAAAAUAGUUUCAGUUAGUAGAAUCAAUAACCUGCCAAUAAUUGUAGAUUUUAAAAUUUUAACAAAAAAUAGAAAUAGUUCAAAAAAACUUGAUUUUUUAUUUAAUAAACAAUUAUUAACAACUCAUCCAAACUUAGAUAUAAAUAGUUUUUAUAUUAAUGACAUUGAUAAUAGUGAUAAUGAAAAUAACAAUACUAAGAAUAGCAAUAGUAUUAAUGAUAACAAUAAUAGUAUUAAUAAUAAUAAAAACGAUAAUAGUAAUAAAAGUAUUGGAGGCAAUACUAAAUCAUUAAAAAGAAAAAGUAGUGGUACUAUUGACCAAAAUAGCAAUAGUAAUAAUAGUAGUAAUAAAAGAAAAUUUGGUGAAAAAAGUAAUACAAAUCAAGAUAUCGACAACAUUGGCAAGGAUAAUAAGAUUGGAAUAAAUAGUGAUAAUAUUGGUAUUAUUAACAGUGGUAGUAGAAGAAAUAAUGGUGUUAAUGUAAUUUUAAGUAAAGAAGAUAAAGAGUUUAUAAUUUUAUUAAAUGAAAUUAAUAAUAAUACUAAUCACCUUAAUAAUAGUAAUAAUAAUAACAAUAAUAAUAUUAAUAAUACUGAUAAUAAUACUGAAAAUAUCAAAGAAUAUAACUUUUCAAAAUUUUUAUUUAAAGAGUAUAAAAAAUUAAAUAGAUUAUUAUUAGAAUCACCAGUUACAACAACAACAACAAUAAUAAAAACUAAAACAAUAAUAACGAAACCCGGUGAAGAAACCAAAAUAGAAAAAAAAUCAAAUAUAGUAACAACCCAAACAAUUGAUAUUGAUUCAAAUUUAAAAUUUUUAAAUUAUUUCAAAUAUAUUGAAAAACAAGAAAUAUAUCAGUUCAUAGAGUCUAUUAAUAGUUUGCCAAGUUUACAUUUAAGCCAAUACGAGCAAUUUUUAUUUAUAUAUUUAUUUUCAUAUUUAAACUUUAUUCAACAAUUUAAUAAUAAAAACAAUAACAAAAAUAAUAGUUUAAACGUUAGACACAUUUUUAUACUGGUUCUUAGUUUAUUGGGUACAGAAAACGAAACAAAUAAUUUUGGUGACGGUAUUUUGUAUACUGAAAAAAUAAUGUAUUUUUAUAAUAUAAUAAACUCAAUAGAUAGUAUUGAUCCCAUUAAUAUAGUUAAUGAUAGUAUAAAUAAUGGUAGCAAUAGUAAUACUACUAAUAAUAAUAUGGAUAAUAAUAGUUGUAAAAAAUGCUCAAAUAAUAAAAUAAAUAAAUAUUGUAGUAAAUUAAUAUCAAAUAUUAGAGAUAGACUAAAUCAUUCAAUAGUUUCAAUACGUAAUAAUAUAGUUUCAGAACAGCUGUUACAAUUUAAAUAUUGCUAUAUAGACCCAAAGCUAUCAUAUUCAUUAUCAAUACCCUAUACAUUUACUCAAGAUACCAAAGAAGAAGAAUUAUAUUUAAAAAAUCAAGAAUACCCAUAUACCGAGUAUUACGAAGAUGCAAUAAUCGGUGAACUUUCAGAUUUCAGGGGGUACAAUUAUUAUGAUCAAUAUAAUUUAUUUAAUAUUAAAAAUCAAGAAUCGUAUCGACAAGUAAAGAACAAUAUUGUCAAAGUCUAUGAUCAGGAGGUUUUUGAUCCAGCCAAUCAAGAAAUAGAAUUAUACUGCAAUAAAGAAAUAUUUAAAUCAAAUCAAUAUGACAGCACCGAAGAUAUAUUAUAUGAUGUAUAUGUAAAUAAGACCAAUAUAGAUAGAGAAAAUGAAAUGGAUGAAAAAGUAAAGAAUAGCGUUUUUGAAGUUGGCUUGGAGGAAUAUGUAGGUGAUUUACUCGAUGACGAUACAAAUCACGACGAACCUGAGCUUGUAAUUAGAGAGGAGUGGGUAGAAGAUCUCAUUAAAAUACCAGUUCCAAACUAUAAAAUUCAAACCACUAUAAGGCCGCACCUAUUCUACGAGCCCCCAUCAAAUGGAAACUAUUCAAUCAAUCCAUCACUAUCAAUAUUUAAAAAAUGUUUUGCAAUUUACACUCAUAGAAUAUUUGAUUCGGAUUUCGAUUGGGAAUAUAACGGUGUCAAGGUAGUGGUAUCAGGUACUGCUGUUACCUCGUGUAUUGAUAACUUACCCGUGGAAAUUAAAAGAGCGUACAUAUGGCUAAUCGAUAUCAAUAGAUUACUAAAAAAGUCAAGUUUACCAAGCAUUGCAGUUUUAAAGAUUAUGACUCUUGUUGAAGAUGGCUCCUUAUUUAAUCAACUUGUUUAUUCAAGAUAUCACAGUCCAAUAUCUCAUUAUUAUAAUAAUCAUAACAUCGAGCUUUCAUUAAUUCAAGAAUUACCAAAUAGCGAUGGCAACACCGAACAAAACUUUAUAAGUAUUGAUAAAAUGAAUAAGGUCCUUAACAACGAAAACCAAUCGAUUAUAUCCGAUAGAGUAAAUCAAAUACUGACCCAAUUAACAAAUAGAAUGGGCAUUAAAAAAGAAGAUAAAGAAUACUACUAUAUACAUACAGAAGACUCGAUCAUAGUCUACUAUAGACAUCCAUAUCACUCAAUUAGAAUCAAACUACAGGUGUGCGGAUCACUCGAACAAAUGCUUUUAAAGAAUUGUUUGGACCAACUAGAUUGUUUAGCACCAAUAUACGACGGCUCAAAUGUUUAUAUGUCAAAAAACUCAAUUCAUUCGUUUAACUCUAGAUAUAAUUUGGUUUCGAGCUUUAAUUUUCAAAAAGAAGUUAAUAAAAUGGAUAGCUGUCAUGUCGGUUUUAAAACAAUUCGUUGGGAUUUUGAUCCAAAUAAUAUAUCAUAUAAUAACCAUUACUAUUACAGAGCUGGUUUUGGUCAACCAACAGAUCCACUGUUUUGCUUGGGAUAUUAUCAAAUUUCAGAUGGUCAGGGUCACGAUUGUCCUCCUUGUACAAUGACCAACUUUAGAAGAAAUAGAUUAAAAAAGAUUUAUAAAUUUAGACCUCUUUUUAAUUGGCCUCAAUCAAAAAUGUUAAUUAGAAAAUGGCAUGCAUCGCCUCUAAUCAGUUGCUCUAGAAGUAUCGAUAAAAUUUUAAAAACUCCAGCUUUUUCAUCAGCAAAUUACAAAUGUUUUGAAGUUUAUGGAUUUUAUAUAAGACACCAUUGUUUCAUAUGUAAUGCUCCAAUACAAUUUAAAGGUCAUCACACAUUUUGUUGCAAAUCAUGUUUGCACAAUCAAGAUGAAUAUUUAAAGAUUAAAUUUAACAAAUCCCAUGCAGUAGUUAUUAUUAAAGGUUAUGGCGAUGGCAAUAUGUAUGAUGAAGAGGAUGAGGAUAAUGAUGAAGAUGAUGGUGAUAAUGAUUGCAAAGAAGAUAAACAAGAAUGUGAAAAUAUAGAACAAGACAAACAGUUUUUAAAAAAAGAAAAUGAUGAAGAAGAGGAAGAAGAAGAGGAAGAAGAGGAAGAAGAAGAAGAAGAAGAAGAAGAAGAGGAAGAAGAAGAAAAUGGGUCUCAAUAUAAAAAUUAUAAUUAUGAAUUAUAUGGGUAUCAAAUUUCAUUGGAUUUAUUGGCUUUAGGUUUUAAUGUAACAGUUAUAUCCACAUCAAACCAAUCUCAAGAUGAAGUCGAAUCAUUAUAUAGAAGAAAAGUAUUUGAUCAAAUAGAUAUCGAUGAAAAUGAUAUUUCAAGAUUAACAGUUGUGUCAUGUUAUAGAAACAAUAUUAAAAAAAUCAAUUCGAUUAUUCAAUCAACUAUUAAAAAAAUACCAGAGAUUGAUAUUUUAAUAAAUUCAGUUUAUCAAGGUAGAGAUGGUGAUGAUACUGAUCAAGAUAAUAAUAACUCUAUAAUUAGCCAACAACUAUUUACAAAUCUAUCACUUCAAAAAAUGAAAGAAAAUAAAACCGAUUUUUGGAGUUCAAACAAUUCAAUUUUCACUGGAAAUAUUGAAAGUAUACAAAAAAUUAUUACAAGAUCCCAUAACAGUGAUAUUAGUAAUAAUAGCGAAAAUUAUAAUAGCAAUAACAAUAACAAUAAUAACAGCGUUAAUACAAGUGGUGGUAAUAGUCGAGUCAAUAUUAGAAAUAAAUUUACAGGAUCAUCCAUUUCAUAUAAUGUCAAUGGUAUAAAUAAAAGAUAUCACAAAUUAACUAUCUAUGGAAAAGAAAAUUCAAAACAAGAACUAUCAAUUCCAAACUAUAGGUGCUAUGAAGACCAAACAUUGGACGAUUGCCCAAAUAAAGAGAAUGAAGAAAUGUGUGAUUUAAAUAGUGAAGAUCAACAAGAAGACGAUAAAGACUAUGAAGAAAUAACUUCCAUAAAAACAUUCAAAAGAGAGGGUAAUAUUAUUUAUGUUAAAGAUAAUUCAAUUUCUUUAGAAGUUGCAACAACUAAAACAGUUAAUGAAAUUUUCAAUUAUUUUUUAAUAAAAUAA